CUGUAAUUCAUCAUGGCGAAUACAUUUGCGCGAUGUUUUGGCUAUUGUAAUGUAAAUUUUACAGAAAGUUUCUAGGAAGUAGCUAGAAUUACGUACUCUUUCGAGUUCAAAUUGGGAUCUUUGUCGAUAGGUGUGUAAGAUCACUGUUUCUUUCCGUGUGAUAUAUAAGUGUUAACUCAUCCAAAAUCAUCGUCAUUGCUGUGCGUGUUUCCAUCUGUCCUUGGAGAUAUUUCAAUUGUUGAGCAACAUGGCUGAAGAUGACCUGCUACCCAAAAGCCUUCAGAAACUGGAAAUUGAUUCUCAAAGCUUGCUGGAAUCUGAGUCACAACCCACAUUAGAGUCUCUAACUCUUCUGGGGGACGAUUGCCCCCGAGAGUCAUGUAAGUGUAACAAAAAAGCCCCGAAUUGUGAUACAAAUACCAGUAGUUCAUGGAACAGAAGGCGGUUUGUUCACAAACCUUUCUCAUCCUCAUUAAGUAAUUCACAAAACUUCAGCAUCAUUAAAAAGAGUCGGUUUAAACCUGGCUCUUCUCGUUCUAAAACUUGGAUUCUAAGGGAACCUGUCCUAAAGCUUGAAAGUUUACCACGAAAGGAGAGUGUUGAAAGCUCUUCUCCAUCAGUUUCCCCAGUUCGGUUGGAUACCAAAUCAACCUCUGACUCACCCAGUGAAGUCUUAAAAUUACCAUUAGGCCCUAUUAAGUCACAAGGUAGUGUUUUUGGUGCUUGUGCAUCUGUAGCACAUACUGAUUUUGGUGGAUUGCGACCAUCUAAGUCAAUAUCCGAAGAAAUAAAGGAACCGAAACAGUUCACAGCCACAAGUUACCGAAAUAUUCGCUUAAGUACCCCUCCAUCAAGAACAAUGCAACCAUCCAAGGUUGUGAAGAGGAAGAAAGAUCAUAGGAAGGAAAGCAGUUCAAAGUCUCGCCCCAUCAGUGAUACUACUAAUACACUCGCUUCAAGACAAACCUCUUUACACCAAUCAACUGGUCAGUCAACUUCCUGCUCACAGCAAGCUAGAAUGGUUGGUAACAGUCAUGUCAGCACUGGAAAUGAUGACGUAACUAUUGAUGAGCUAGCCAGUUAUUUCGAUCUCUUUGUCCAUAUUCCUCGCAAAAUGUCUCAUAUGGCAGAAAAUAUGUAUAUUUAGGAGGUAUUGCUGAUCUUCUACAAACAUUUUUUACAUCAGUGGUGUAAAACGAUUCACAGAUGAAUGAAAGAACUACAAGCUCACCACACCUUUUAUGAUGUUGAAGUGAUACUCAAUUUAUUGACAACCGUGUUGGGAUUCUCAAAAUGUGUGCUCAUUUUUUGGCAGCUUAGUCCUAUUUCAACUGCUUUUGUUUCUUCUGUCCACCUAUCUUUACAUGAAAGAGUGUCAAAUCAGUUUCAAUCCAAACUAUAUCCCUUUUGGAUUGGUGUGAAAAUUUCUAGUAAAAUUGCUUUUUUCCAGUCUAUGAGUUGUCAACGUCUAUUCUAUUUUGUUCGGUGAAUUGAAAUUGCCUUUACGGAAUCAUCCUGGGCAAUCAAAUGUAUCAGUAAAUAAUUGUUUUAUAAUCAUUAGACUAAUAUGAAUUUCAAGGAAAUUCUUGAGGUAUUAAGUUUUUGUUAGGCACUUGGGCAAUGUUUAUUCAUGUUACUAAGCAUUUGUACACACAGGCUCUAACAAUGUUUUGAUGUGAUGUGUCCUUUAAGAUCUGUUCUUUUUCUUUAGAAAACAAAUAAUGGUCAAAGGGUCAGCACAGGUGACCCAAAUUAACUUCUUAAAUGAUCUAAAUGUUAGAUCUUAUUUUGUUCUUCUAGGUCAUUUUCUUCUAGCUGUUGUAGACAACUUUGGGUGUUCUUGAACUCAUCUUAUAAUUAAUUGGUAUUAGGGAUUUUUCUGUUAAUUUCAUCUGAACUCUAUUGUUUUCUUUUUUUUUUCUUUUUUGCAACACAGAGGAUUUUUAGCUUAUCAAGCUGUUUAUUGAAAAAUUGUGCCACCCACGAUCAUAGGUAUUGUGCUACGUGUCUUGAAAGUGGGUAACUGUGAUCUGGAUGUUUGCAUAUUAUCCAGAAUUGUCAUCAAGGUAUUAGUAGGAGACAUAAGAAACAAGACUGAAGUAUUUGAACAUCAGAAUAAAGUAGAGCUCUCAAUUUGUGUAUUGAAGAGAAUUUACAAUGUCACAACCUGGAAGAUUUUGUGUUGCUGCUUUUAUUUUUUAAACUAUGUACUGACUAGGUGCUCUACCUCAUGAACACUAAUCAGGUAGUUCUUUAAAAAAUAUUUCUCAUCCACUCUUGUCUAGAGAUCAAUGUUUCAAGAUCAAUUCUCAUAGCAGCAAAUUGUAAUCAGAAUACUGAAAUGCAAGUUACAAAUAAAAUAAUCUUUAUGGACUA